AUGGCCGAACCUAGAGCCCGUGCCGCUAGGCACAAAGGGCAGAUGAACUUUCCAUCGGAAUGUUGGUUCUUCUUGUCUUCCCUGCGCCUUCUCCUCCUAGCCUAUGGCGAUCCAGCGCCUCAUCCGUCUUUUCCUUCCGAGCCCCUUCCUGAAACUGUCCGUGUGCUUGACGAAAUCGUCACAGACUUCGUGCUAGAGAUGUGCCACGGCGCGGCCCAGCACGCGAACUACUCGCGCCGGCAAAAGAUUAAAGUAGAUGAUUUCCGUUUCGCGCUGCGUCGGGAUCCGAACAAGCUAGGUCGUGUACAGGAGCUUCUGCGCAUGGAGCGUGAGCUGAAAGAGGCUCGGAAGCAAUUCGAUCAGAACGAUGACCAGGUUGGGAAUCUCAAGGAUGCUGCUGGGAAAAGAGGCCUUGACGAUAUAGGUGAUGGUGGGGACGGGAAGAAGUCGAAGGGGAAGGGGAAAAAGGGAGCUAGGCGGGACUCGGACGCUACUGAGGAUACGUCGAUGGCGAAGAAGCGGAAGGUUUAAGGAUGCAAGGGUGCACUGCCCGUUUAUUUUCGUCUGGUUUUCAUUCGAGGCGUCAGGGAUCAGGUUCUGAUAUUAACUUACUACACGACAUAACAUCUGCAUUGGACGGCGUUCAGUUUGGGGCG